AAGCAAAACGACAUUGACAACUUAGGAAAUUGUUAGGAAAUAGAAAAUAGGUUCUUUGUUUGAAAAUUCGCGUUUGUUUCUUUAAAAUAUUUAAAUUCGCAACAAUUGUAUUAUAUUUUAGUGAUUAAGACAUUAAUGCUUGCAAUUUUGAGCCAACACAAAUAACAUUUACACGUGAGGCUUAUGAUAUAACAGUGUUAAAUCAUUGCGUAUUGUUUAACGAUGAGUGAUACGAAAUCUUUCGUCAGCUUUUCUUGCCAACGAUGUCUUCAGCCUCUAAAGCUCGACGAGUCUUUAAAUAAUCUGGGUGAGCACACAAUUGCUGACCUAACGCUGCAAAUACGUCGUAAUACGGAGGCUGAUCUUGAUUUACAAUCAUCAAGUUUAGAACAUUAUGUUCCACCUUUCCGUAUGUCAGAAUCUGGGAAUGGAGCGAAUGGGUUCAUGGUUAUUUCAGAUGGAUGGGAAACAACAACGUCUAUGGGCCACCAGCUGCAUGUUAAAGGGACCCUAUUUGAUUUAUUAUCAAAUAACUCCGACGUAGACCACCCAUUAUGCGAUGAAUGCACCGAUACUUUGUUAGAAUUGAUGGAUAACCAAUUAAGGCUGACAGAAGCAGAAUGGAAGGAUUACACAGACUAUUUAAAGAAGUUGGAAGAUGAUAAAGAGGAUUUAAACUUAGACGGGCUUGAAAAAGAACUUGAGGAUUGGAAACAAGAGCAAAAUAGGCUAUUGCAAGAGCUGUCAGCGUUACAGAAAGAAGAAAAAGCUAUGAAAGAUGAGAUUGUAGUGCAAGAGAAAGAAAAGGAAAGACUAGAAGAUGAACAGGACAUUUAUUGGAAGGAAUACACUAGAUAUCGCAAAGAUCUGAUGACAACCGAAGAUCAGAUGAAGUUCUACGAAUGCCAGUUAUCCUACACCCAAGUGCAAUUGGAAAAACUGAAGAAAACAAAUAUAUUUAAAGCAUCAUUCCAUAUAUCAGAUUCUGGGCAAUUUGGUAUUAUUAAUAACUUUAGACUCGGCCGUUUACCAACAGCUCCUGUUGAUUGGUCAGAAAUUAAUGCAGCGUGGGGACAAACUGUCUUACUGUUAUCUUCGUUGGCACGUAAAAUUAAUUUUCAUUUCCAGCGUUAUCGCCUUGUACCAUACGGAAAUCAUUCUUAUAUAGAGAUAUUGGAGGAUCAGAAAGUCUUACCAUUGUAUGGAUCGUCAGGUUUUCGUUUUCUAUGGGAUACAAAGUUUGAUGCAGCAAUGGUCGCUUUCUUAGAUUGUUUGCAACAGUUUAAAGAACAAGUUGAGAAGGGGAAUACCGGUUUUUGCUUGCCGUAUAGAAUAGAUACAGAUAAAUGGAAAAUUGAAGACACAGCUUCUCCACCUCAUGCUUAUUCAAUAAAGAUACAGUUUAAUUCUGAAGAGCAGUGGACUAAGGCCUUAAAAUACAUGCUCACUAAUCUUAAGUGGGCGUUAACUUGGAUUUCAUCCCAAUUUAGUGAGGACAAAGUAGAGGGUUGAUUUAUGCUAUGUUUUUCUGUGAUAUGUAAAUUUACUGUUGUUAGAAGUACAUUUAGAUAUAAUUACUGUAAAUAGUGUAAAGUAAAUAGUAUGUAAACUAUAAAAAAUAUCUAUAUUGUUAAAGAAAAAAAAUUCUUAGUAUAGAGAUUUGUAGAUCAAUAAACUAAGAUAUGCCCAGUGAGAGAAUAAAAUGUUAGUUGGAAACUUAAAACACUUUUAAAUUUAAAAGCGUGUUUAUUUAUGUUAUUAUAGUGAAUAAAAAUAUUAACG